AUGACGAUCCUCUUCAACCAAGACCUACUGAAGGUUUGGUAUCCUGGGAUUGAUCAAGGAGGCGGUCAAUCUCAACACAAAAAUCAGCCACUAAAAUUGUUUUCCAAUAUGAACCCUGACUUCGUCUUCUUGUGGCAAUUUGAACUUGACGUCCGCUAUACAGGGAACUGGUACAAUAUUCUCGAGAAUGCCGAGUCGUGGGCUCGCAAACAGCCACGCAAGCUUCAGUUUGAACGAGCUGCCAGAUUCUACAUCCCUUCUUACCACGGUACUUACGCCAGCUUCUCGGACACUGUAGAGGCCGCCAACCCAGACGGUGGUGUCCGGGGUCCUGUACGAAGCUGGGCCGUCCCAAGAUCUCUCGGACCUAAAUUUCACAGGAAGACAGCAGCAGAAGAUGAUUACUCCUGA